UAAAUAUUCGAUUCCACUUCAAGUUUGAAACUUUGAAUGUGGCGUCGUCACGCGGGUCACGCCACAAUAGGGAGAGAAAUUAAAUUUAGAGUGAGAGAGAGGGAGAGGGCCCUUGGGAGGAAUCUCCGGCGGAAACAUCGUCGCCGAAGUGUUGCGGAGGUAGAGGCGAUGAAAUUAUAGUCUAGGGUUUCGUGCUCUGGGUCACUGUUGGAAUACCAUCCAGUAGAAGAUGAUGUCAAAAAAAGUCGAAGCUCCGAAGAAAUUUGGGGAUAAUUCGGGACACGAGAAGUUGUUACAUGACCUUGAAGCCAUAAAUAAAGCCCUGUACACAGAUAGAACUCGUUCAAAAAGCUCUGUUUCUACUCUCAAUAGUCGCUCUAAGUCUACAGGGAAAGCCCAUGUAGUGGAUCCUAAAGCUAAGCAGAAGCAUAAAAAUGAAGAGUCAUUGCGGAAGGAUAAGAAAUCUAUCUGGAGUUGGAAGGCCUUAAAGGCUUUUAACCAUAUCCGCCAUCGCAGGUUCAAUUGCUGUUUCUCUCUCGAAGUCCAUUCAAUUGAAGGGUUACCAUCUCAUUUUGAUGGUCUUAGUGUGUAUGUGCAUUGGAAGAGGCGUGAUGAUGGGUUGGUCACUCGUCCAUCUCAGGUUUUUCAAGGAAUAGCUGAAUUUGAGGAACAAUUGACAUACACAUGCUCGGUUUAUGGAAGUAGAAAUGGUCCCCAUCAUUCAGCAAAGUAUGAGGCAAAGCAUUUCUUGUUGUAUGCAGCAGUUUUUGGUGCUCCAGGGAUUGAUUUGGGAAAGCAUCGGGUUGAUCUCACAAGGUUGCUUCCUAUUACUUUGGAGGAGCUAGAUGAUGAGAAGAAUUUUGGGAAGUGGACAACUAGUUUCAAGCUAUCUGGCAUAGCUAAAGGUGGAAGUUUGAAUGUCAGUUUCGGGUAUUCCAUAAUUGGUUGUGAUCCUGUUGCUCCCUCUGCUAACAAAGAUCCUCCACCAAUAUUUAGUUUGAAACAGAGUAACACAAGCAUGGUCAAACCUAUAAUAAAAGUUGAUCAAACUGAUGAUAAGGGUAGAGUACAUCGUGCUGGACGCCUUCCCACAAAGUCUUCUUCCUCAUCUCAUCCCGUUGAAGACAUAAAGGACCUUCAUGAGGUUCUACCGAUAUCAAGUUCAGAACUUUCCAGUUCAGUAAGUAUACUGUUUCAGAAACUUGAUGAAGAAAAGCUAGAUGCUAGAGUUGAUUGCAAAUCCGAGCUUGAUGUUUCCAUGGAACCCCUCGAGUGCCACAAACAGUCAUCUGAUGCUGGUCAGGAAAAUGAUGAAAGGGUGCAUGAAGAUGGUGAUUUUUCUGUCGUAGAGCAUGGGAUAGAGUUAUCCUCAAAGAAACAGAUAACAUCUGAAGAAGUUAACUUAAAGUGUACAGAUGGUUCUGAAUUAGAAAGUCAUGGCUGUACUAAUAUUCAAACUGCUGUUGCAAAGGCCUUCAAAAAGGAGACCAAACUCCAUCACCAGGUUGAGGAAAGUGGAAGUCAGACAGAAGAUUUUGUCAUAAGUUCCUUAUCCUCAAAGGAACAGGUAUUGUUGGAAGAGGCUAAGUUAAAGCGUACAGAUAGUUCUGAAUUAGAAAAUUCUGACCUUUCAAUUAUUGACACUGCUGUUGCAAUGGCCUUUGAAGAGGAGACCAAGUAUCAACCCCAGGUCGAGGAAAUUGGAAGUCACAGAGAAGAUUUUCUCAUAAGUGCCUGCAUCUCCAAAGAGAAUGAAGACAAUACCAAAGAAUCACUCAUGAAAGAUUUGGAGUCAGCUUUGCAUAAUGUGGCAGAUGCACAAAUAGAGGUGGAAUCUACAGAAGUUGAAAGUGAUAUUUUAGGUGAAGAAAAUUAUAUGGAGGUUAAAUCAAACUACAAAAUGAGGAGGAAGGAGAAGUCACAUAGCUUGGAUGAUGUUACUGACUCUAUAGCUUCUGAAUUCUUAAACAUGCUAGGGAUAGAGCAUAAUCCAUUUGGCUGGAGUUCUGAAAGUGAGCCAGAAUCUCCAAGAGAGCGCCUGUUGAGACAGUUUGAGGAAGAUGCUCUAGCUGCAGGGUCCUCCUUACUCAGUUUUGAUGUUGAAGAUGGUGAUCAUGAAGAACAAAACUAUGAAGCUCCAAGAUGGAUGACCUACAGCGAAGACUUUAAUCUAUCUCCCAUGGCUCAAUUAGCAAGUCAGGUGGAAAGUAGUAAAACUAGUGUCUCAAUGCUAGAAGACUUGGAAACGGAAGCUUUAAUGCGUCAAUGGGGGAUGAAUGAGAAGGCUUUUCAACAUUCCCCACCUGACAGCUCUGGUGGGUUUGGGAGUCCCAUUGAUUUUUCAACUGAAGAGCCUCAACAAUUGCCUCCUCUUGGAGAAGGCAUAGGUCCAUUUGUUCAGACCAAGAAUGGAGGAUUUCUCCGGUCUAUGAAUCCUACCCUUUUCACGAAUGCUGAAAGUGGUGGUAGUUUGAUUAUGCAAGUUUCUAGUCCCGUUGUGGUGCCUGCAGAAAUGGGUUCUAGUAUAAUGGAGAUAUUACAGCGUUUAGCUUCAGUUGGAAUUGAAAAGCUCUCCAUGCAGGCAAAUAAGUUAAUGCCACUGGAAGACAUUACAGGGAAAACAAUGCAACAAAUAGCAUGGGAUGCUAUGCCUGGUCUGGAGGCACGUGAGAGGCAAGUUCUGUUGCAUCAUGAAUCUGAGUUGGGACAAGAUAUAGCUGGUGGGCAAAGGAGAGUCAAAGGAACAUCCCUUGACUCAAGUUCAAUUGGGAAGGAGACGUGCUCAGAAUAUGUAUCACUAGAAGAUCUAGCUCCAUUGGCAAUGGAUAAAAUUGAAGCACUCUCACUUGAGGGGUUGAGAAUACAGUCUGGCAUGUCAGAUGAGGAUGCGCCUUCCAAUAUCAGUCCACAAUCUAUUGGUGAAAUCUCGGCCCUUGAAGGGAAGAGGGUAAGCAUUGGUGAGUCCUUAGGUAUGGAGGGAGCUGGUGGAUUGCACCUGUUGAACAUUAAAGACAGCAGUGAUGAUGUUGAUGGACUAAUGGGCUUAUCACUAACACUUGAUGAAUGGAUGAAGUUGGAUUCUGGUGAGAUUGAAGAUGAAGAUCAAAUUAGUGAGAGGACUUCAAAAAUUCUUGCAGCCCAUCAUGCCAACUCCAUGGAUUUGAUGCGUAGCAGGUCGAAAUCAGAGAAAAGACGGGGCAAAGGCUGUGGCAGAAAAUAUGGCUUGUUUGGUAAUAACUUUACGGUGGCACUAAUGGUGCAUCUUCGCGACCCCUUACGAAACUAUGAACCAGUUGGUGCACCGAUGCUUGCACUUAUUCAAGUGGAGAGAGUGUUUGUCCCUCCAAAGCCAAAAAUAUAUAGCACUGUUUCAGAGGUGAGGAACAACAAUGAAGAGGAUGAUGAAUCUAUAUCUGUUCCUGCCAAAAAAGAGGAAAUUGAGGAGCCUAAAAAAGAGGAAACUCAUGAACAGGAAGGCACUCCCCAGUUCAAAAUAACUGAGUUACAUGUUGCAGGCCUAAAAACAGAGCCUGGGAAAAAGAAGAUUUGGGGUUCUGCAAGUCAGCAACAGUCCGGGUCACGUUGGUUGCUUGCUAACGGAAUGGGAAAGAACAACAAAAAUCCUUUUGUGAAAUCCAAGGCUAUUGCUAAGUCUGCUUCACCUGUGACAACCACAGUCCAGCCUGGUGAUACAUUGUGGAGCAUCUCUACUCGUGUUCUUGGCACUGGGACUCGGUGGAAAGAAUUGGCUAAGCUUAAUCCACACAUCCGGAAUCCAAACAUUCUCGUCCCUAAUGAAACUAUCAGGUUAUGCUGAUGGGCAUGCAAGCCUUUUCCUCCAUUCAGAAAAUCUCCAUCUUUAGCAAAUGGGUAUUUGCAAGUUAUGACAUUGUAAGUGACUCAAAAUUCAGAGGGUUUUUUAUGCAAUUUAAUGGGUUUUGUUUGUAGAGAUAUAGCUCCGAUUUACACUGAAUAUGGCCUGGCCCUGGACUUGAAAGCUAAUAUAGCUUUUCACAAAACAUCAGGGGUUUGAGUUCCCUGUCUAGACCCGUUGUGAAAAAAAUGGUUAACGGUGUAAGAGUCUCCUAUUUUGGAGACACAGUGUGGCGCAUGUUUAUCACCUAUUUUAAGUUAAUAUGAUUGUUAUUAAAUAACCAUUUGAUUAAAUUAAAGGGCGAUUAAAGGGGGUGAUUAUCUAA